UGUCAAGCUACUACUCUUAUGUGGCAUCUCGUUCGUUUUCAUCGUUUCUUCACUUUGCUACUAACGUUCGAGGCUCUUUUAACUAUUUCGCGUGGUACUGUUAAUAAAUCAUAAUUAUACAAGUGGUCCAGAGGUUAUUCUGUCUUGAAAAUCCUCGAAGGAGUAAAAUCUUCUCAAGUGGGAGGAAUAAAAAGGUGACCUGGAAAACCGCACGUCAACUUUGUGGCGAAUCGUUAAAAGUCACGGAAUUCAUAUAAAGCAUCACGAUAUCAACGUGAAGCUAUCACAAAACCCAAAAUGAGCAGCAGGUCACAGAUGACUGCAAUGAAUGGGAAAAGGCCGUCGUCGAUUCCUGGGAGGCAUCAACCACCUUCGGAAUCUUCCUCUCAGCAUUUUGAUAUUAUUAAAUACAUAUGCGAGUCUUGGAACAAUGUUUCGAGGGAACUUGAUAUGUGCCAUAAUCAAGGUCAUGGAGAUUCCUCUAAUUAUAGAAAUGGGGCAUCGGUUACUUAUUACCAGGAAAGGGAACCGAAUCCUCAGCUAAAAGAUUUUGAGCCUUUUAACCUGGAGGCAUGGUGGGGACAGCGUGUCGUGCAGAGUAUAACAAGAAACACUGCGAGUUCCUAGUGCCAGGCCCCCUUCAACGAUCAUUGCCGCAGUUUUUCUCACAGGCAUAAAAAGCAAAAAAGAUAGAUUUUGAAAGAAGAAAAGAAAACAUUAACUCGUUAAAGAUUUGAGCUGCGUACUCUUCGCGAGAGAGAUGACGUUGGAAGGGUCGUUUUUUACGACUUUGAUAGAUUAACAUCCGCGAACUCUGGUUCUUUCCAGAAACUUCGGAGCGGAAAAUUACGUUCGGAAAAGGAAGCAAUUUGAAGAUAAACUACGUACUAAGAAAAUUUAUUUUUCAUGUAAUCCAAUGAAUACACAUUCCUCUUUGAACUGUUUACCGGUUUUCGCUUGACAUAGAGUCGACACCAGCGGAGCAUUCCCCAUAAAAACAACAAAAAAUGAACGAUAUAAAGCCCGCCUAAUUUAUGAUACAGAUUUUAAGAUAUUCAAUCGAAUUUUCCAUUUUUGACAAAAAUAUUUGACACCUUGCGAAUUUCUUUUUUGAUAUGCUCUAUCACCUUUUUCACAUUUCUCUCUUUUUUUACGUAGAGUUUCGAAGCGUCUGGCAAUUAUGAUAAAAGUUAAUCUCUUCGCACGUGAAACUUGCCAGGUGACCGAAACAAAAGUAACAAAUUUUUAAGCUGGCUCUUCAACAGCCUAACUAGACAAUUAGUCGAUAAGUUUCGUUACAAAUGCGCGUAAUUAGGUAGCGUAAUUAAAUUAUACAUGCAUAUAUAUUGAUAGCGGUUACGAUAAUAACCAACAAAAAAGUAAUAAUUUUUCACGAUGAGCAAUGUGUAAUUAGCGAGCGUUUGAUAGCUGAAGACAAUCUAUUCGUCAGUGGAAAUGAUGAAAAGGUUUCUUUUUUGUUUCUCAUUCGAAAAGUUGUUUUUGUAGAUUGAAAUUUGUUAAACGACAAAUUUGCUGGUCAGCCAGAUUGGGCACUUUCCACAUGCAUCGAAAUUUUUUUCUUUUUUAUUUUCCCUUCGCCACAAGAAAAUCUUCCUCGUAGCUCUUAUUUUUUUCAUUUUUAGACCAAACAUUGAGGAUUCUUUUGCAUCGAGAAAUAAUCAUGUAAAAAGACGAAUUGUAUGGGCGAUUGUAAAGAUGAACAGCGGAAAUGAUGGUGACACAAGCUUUUUAUUUAUGUAUAUUGUAAUUGUGUAUGUAUUUAUGUACAUUGACAGGCGUAAUGAGUUAUUGCGACGAGUUAAAUGAACCUCGAAUCUGUCCAACAACAUUAUUCUGGCUGCGAGGAAAGAAAUAAAAAACACCAGUUUCAAUUUUGUACGAUAAA